CCCCCUGCGCUCGAAUAGCUGUUGGAACAAUCCGCAUCGCAGGGUGUGGAUCCGGAGCGGUCCUGAAAGGGUAGCCAGCACAGGGAGUAAUAACGGGAGAGGGGCGAAUAUAGUUCAUGCUACCCGGGAAGAACACCACCUCGGAGGUGAAUAUCCUGCGAGAAAAAUCAGAGGAUUGAAUGAAAAUAUAGUUCAUUGUUUGACCUGGAGGUAUCAAAGGCAACAGUAGCGUGAGGAGAGAGCAUCGAGACACAUACGGAAGCUCCGAACUGACUGGCAGCGAACGACUGCGUAGAAGACGGUGUGAGAGGGAGGUGACAGUGCUGAAAGUAUAUUGCUUUUGUUCAUUUGGAACUACGGAGUAUUGGGUUUUGUUUUAAAGGCACGUUUUUAUUUUACUUUCGCGGGGAUCACGACUCACUUCCGGAAACCCACUUUAUUUUUUGUUGAGCAAUCGCGACAGUUUUUGUAUCAAAACUGACGAAGAGACUCCAAAACCGGAAUAUUGUACUGUCGCCAAUGUCUUUUCAGACGAGAUACAUCCAUUUAAAAUAAAAAAAUAUAUAUGGGAGAGUGCGGACCGGAUUUAUUGAAUAUAUGUAAAAUAUUAUAUUCAAGUAUUUGACAUUCUGUAGUUAACAAACAGCCUUUGCCACCCAAGUGAACUGGCGAGAGAGAAGGAUACAUUUUUGCUGCGUAUGUGGGCACAUCAAAGAAAAUCAAAAUUGAAGAUUCACUUCUCUUUUUUAUUAUCAAGAGAGGCGCAUUGACUCUACCUAGAUCAGAGACUUUGGAAUAGAGCGCAAGAAACUGACACUGAAAACGGUUAGACUUUUGUUGUGCCUUGGAAUACACUUACUUGCACAUGAGCACUUUGCUUUGUCGUAUUUAUUUUUGCAUGCACAUGUUUAUUUCUUCUUCCUGCACACGAUAACAUUUUUCACAAGCUAAAGGUUGUUGUCACUCGUGUUUUUAGUUCCGUGUCCCUCUCCUCCCACCUUUCGACCUGGCAAGCUUAAAGGGCACCAGUUAACUGUGGACUUCGCUAGUUCCUUCAAGGGGGAAGGGUAGAUUUUCAUGUUUAUGCAUCUGGUGGAGGAGACAAAGACAAAAAGCUUUUACUGUGGAUGAUUUAUCUCUCUGAACUGUACCAUUUGUGUCACUGGAUUAAACCACCAGGUUGAAGUCCGGGAAAGAAAACAGCACAGAUGUUUUUGGAUUGCUUUCACCUGCUUAUUUUUUGAGUGAUUAGUUCACAAUAGGAUACUUACACAGAAUCUAAGAGGCAAAGGCUAUUUUUAGGGAGAGUGAUGGGGUAAAUGGUGGUAGUUGGAAAUUGAGACCCCCACCCUCAGCCCAACAACACUUCCAGCUUUAGCUCUGGUUCCAUUGUCAGCUGCUGAAUUAUCAAAACUGGAAAUCCGAGUGGGGGUCCCGUCUCAGUCAAGCUCCCAGAUAUACAUCUCACCCAUGUCUACUAUCUGACUGUAUCUUCUUUGCAUCUUUGACUGGAAUUAUAAAAUAAAUUCAACAAGGAACAAUGCAUGAAACUCCGCACUUAUAAGAAGCAAACUUGAGUAACCAAAUAUUUUCUUCCCCAUAUACACAGAGAAGCAUAUUUUAUAUAUAUAUAUAAUAUAUAUAUAUAUAUAUAUAUAUUAUAUAUAUUAAAUAAGAAAUAGCUAUGAAUUAUAUAAGAAUAUGUAGUUUAAAUAAUUAUAUUAUAUUUUUACGUCAGAAAUAAGUAUUGUUGCCUGAAACCCAGUUCAUUGCCUUAGAGAAACAUUGUAAUAAAGAAUACAGAGGAAAGACGACGUGAAACUUUUUUGGAAACAAGUUAAUGGUGCCUUUUUUAGUUUCAUUGGUUCCUAAUGUCUCCACCACUUCAGGAUUGAAUUGUUGACAAAUAAAUAUUUUUGUGUGAAACACUUAUAUAUAUAUAUAUAUAUAUACCUGCCUUUCCGGUUCAAACUUGAGUUAUAUUGUCGUUGGAUGUAUAUUGCUGAAUUGCAGAGAUUUCUGAAGAUUUCUGAGACGAGGAUUACCCCUUCACUCUACACUUGAUGCAUCCUCGUAGUUUUCCAAAGUAAUUUUGGAACCCCCAAAUUAUAAACUUUGACUUGAUUUCUGGGAUACAGCGGCCCAACACACAAGAGUUUCCGAUGGUGAUCACUUCGUCAGUGGAGGAGAAGCCACAGCCUUCUAACAGAAUGGUCGCAAAUCUGCCGACCGAAUCCUGGAUCAACAACCCAGAGCAAAGUCGCUACUUACCAACUCAGUCACACCUACUCCGGAAACCGACAAAAAGUGGAAGCAGCUCAGGAUGCAAGCCCCCCUCCUCUACCCUCUGCCAGCCUGCCGCCUUGGGCUUCUCCCCCGCUGAGCCAACCAUGUCGAGCCAGCACAGCCACCCCUCCUUCAGCAACAUCCACUCCAUGGCUGAACAGCAGCAGGUGCUGUCUGAUGCGACCAUACUGCAGAGGAGGAUCCCCCCAAGUUUUAGAGAUCCCGCCAGCGCCCCGCUGAGAAAACUCUCUGUCGAUCUGAUCAAGACUUACAAGCACAUCAAUGAGGUGUACUACACGAAGAAGAAGCGGCGUGCCCAGCAGGUGCCCCCGGAGGACUCGAGCACUAAGAAGGAGCGGAAGGUGUACAACGAUGGCUACGAUGACGACAACUACGACUACAUCGUCAAGAACGGGGAGAAGUGGCUGGACCGCUACGAAAUUGACUCGCUCAUCGGCAAGGGCUCCUUCGGGCAGGUGGUGAAAGCCUAUGACCACCACGAGCAGGAGUGGGUGGCCAUCAAGAUCAUCAAGAACAAGAAAGCCUUCCUGAACCAGGCCCAGAUAGAGCUGCGACUGCUGGAGCUCAUGAACAAACACGACACAGAGAUGAAGUACUACAUAGUCCACCUGAAGAGGCACUUCAUGUUCCGGAACCACCUGUGCCUGGUGUUCGAGCUUCUCUCCUACAACCUGUACGACCUCCUGCGCAACACCAACUUCCGCGGCGUCUCUCUCAACCUGACCAGAAAGUUUGCCCAGCAGCUGUGCACGGCGCUGCUGUUCCUGGCCACGCCCGAGCUUAGCAUCAUCCACUGCGACCUCAAGCCCGAGAACAUCUUGCUGUGCAACCCCAAGCGCAGCGCCAUCAAGAUCGUUGACUUCGGCAGCUCUUGUCAACUAGGCCAGAGGAUCUACCAGUACAUCCAGAGUCGGUUCUACAGAUCUCCGGAGGUGUUGCUGGGCAUGCCCUACGACCUGGCCAUUGACAUGUGGUCCCUGGGCUGCAUCCUGGUGGAGAUGCACACGGGAGAACCCCUCUUCAGCGGCUCCAACGAGGUGGAUCAGAUGAAUAAGAUAGUGGAGGUGCUGGGGGUCCCUCCCAACCACAUGCUGGAUCAGGCUCCCAAAGCACGGAAGUACUUUGACAAGCUAUCCGACGGUCUGUGGACCGUCAAGAAGAACAAGGACAUAAAGAAGGUACUUUACCCCUCGGCCUCCGAGUACAAGCCUCCUGCGACGCGACGGCUCCAUGAGAUCCUGGGGGUGGAGACCGGGGGUCCUGGCGGGAGGCGGGGCGGAGAGCAGGGGCACGCUCCCUGCGAUUACCUGAAGUUCAAGGACCUGAUCCUGCGCAUGCUGGACUACGACCCCAAGACACGCAUCACGCCCUUCUAUGCGCUGCAGCACAACUUCUUCAAGAAGACGACGGACGAGGGCACCAACACCAGCAGUUCCACCUCCACCAGCCCAGCCAUGGACCACAGCCACUCCACCUCCACCACCAGCUCCGUCUCCAGCUCCGGUACGGGACACAGCAGUGGAUCUAGCGGUUCUUCCAAUGACAACCGGAAUUACCGGUACAGUAACCGGUACUACAACAGUGCAGUUACUCACUCAGACUAUGAGAUGCAGAGUCCACAGGCUCCAUCUCAGCAGCAGCUGCGCCUCUGGCCGGGGGGAGAGGGGGGCAUGGGUCCCCUGUCCAACAGCGGCAGUAGCGUUGGCGACCCCCCAUACCCCCAGCUGCUGCUGCACAAGCCGGCGGCCACGCAGCACUCACGCCACUUCCUGGGAGGCGGUGGCGUCGGGGGCAUGAUGGAACCACACCACCCGCACCCCAUCUACGGCAGUCACCACGGCAACGGGCGGGGCCUGCGGCAGACUGGGCAGGGGAACCAGCCCCAGGGCCAGGCUUCACAGGGCCAGCAGGGCCAGCCCCUGAUGCCCAUCUCCUCCCCACAGAUGCCGGAUAGCAUCGAGCUCAGCCUCACACACCACCACCAUCUGGGUCAGUCUUCCAUCAUGCCGCCCCCAUCCAGCUUGGACUCCAGCCAGUACGGCUCCUCCAACCUCCACCUGGGCCUCUCUGCCUUUCGGACUAGGACGGUCAUGGCCCCCCAGCCGCCCCCCGCCGGCUCUCAGCAACAGUUGGCUCAGCCCCCAGCCUCUCAGGACAGCUUGGUCGCUGCCUCUGGGCUUGGAUACAUCCCCCCAUGCUACCCGGGAAGUAACAACAAUAACAACCCUCCCCAGGGUAGCGUGGUCGGGGGCGGGAUGCUCACCGGGGGGCCCCCACCCAGGGGAGUAGGGGGCGGUGGGGGGAGGCCGGACUCUGAGGAGUCCACCAUGAUGGGUGUGUGCGGCAGUGGAGGAGGUGGUGGUCAGAACGCGGCCAACUCUUGAUAAAUCUUGAACAAAUUCCAAAAGCCAUACAAUUUUAACAAUGACAACAUUACAAUUUCAACACGCAUACAUAUUCAUUAUACACACUUGAGUUUGAAACAAAUACGGCCACACAUACAGUUACAGAGACAAACUUGUGAAAUAUCAAAGGAGUUUUGUUUUGUUUUGCAUGGGAGAAGGUCGAGGGAGAGUAAGAGAGGGAGAGUAAGAGAGGGAGAGUAAGAGAGGGAGAGUAAGAGAGGGAGAGUAAGAGAGGGAGAGUAAGAGAGGGAAGGCUUUGAAACCAUUUUUAUCCUUUUUUCAGUUUCUUUGUUUUUCUUUUGUUGAAGGAAAGAAACGGGGCUCAGUAGUUGGAAUGGAAAGUUUCAGAUAAGUUUGUUUUUAUUGUUAUUAAUAUUAUUAUUAUAUUAUUUGAUUUUAUGUGAUUUAAGGAAAGGUUUGCAGCGAGAUUUUUGUUGUUUGGGUUGUUUUUUGGAAUGAAGACCGCAAAAGUAAAUGAAUGGUUUGAAAAGUGGUAAUUGUUGGUUUAGAAGAGGGAGGCACGAGAGAGGACCCUUAUGCUAUUUUUAUCAAUCUUUUUUAUUUUCUUUGUUUUUGUUUAGUUUUUCUGAAGUCUAGGUUUAAUUGUACAUGUUUUAUUUAUUAAACAUCACUACAUGAGGAGGAGGGUAAGUGGGGAGAUCGGAAGAGCGCUAAAUUAAGAGGUGGUUUAUUUAUUCAUUUUUAUUUAUACCGUUUUUUUCCCCCGCUGAUGGACAGUAAACACUUGUGCAUACACAGAGAAACAAACAAACUAGGGUCUUUUUAGUUUGUUUUUCAGUUCAGUACAUCUCACCCCCGAAAACACACACACACUUUUGUAACAUUUUUUUUUUUAUGUUUCCAAUCUUCUCUCGCUUGACACUGGCUUAUAUAUCUGAAACAGAUCAUAGAAAUGAAAUGAAGCAAAUGACAAAAACCGUAGUCACCACACAGUGAGAAACUAUACGAUGAGGAGGCUGAAACAUUUGACGAAGUGAGACGCUUUCAAGUGGAGAGGGGGAACAGAACUUCUUCACAAAAGGAGGAAGUGAUUCAAGAAUGAAAAACAACAAAACAUUUUGCCACAAGGAAAACCAAAAUGCUUCCCUGUUGUUUCAAAAAAAAAAAAAUUGUCUGCCUUCUACUUCAACAUCUAACCAGACUCUUUCACCCUCUUUCUCUGUCUUUCUCUCUGUCUUUUCUUACUCAAUUUUGUUUUGGACCAUAAACUACAGAAAUGUAACACAUUUUGGGUUGGAGUAACUGGAUAUGCUAAGCCAAAUCUUGCUCGCUCUCUCUGUCUCGCUCUCUUCUCCUCUGCCCCAUUUUUCUGUUGGAAGGGAGGGGGGAGGGGGGCAAUAUAUAGCAGGAGGGAGGAGUACAUACAUAUGAGGGGACACUUUCAUGCCCUCCUUACCCCUACAGCCCCCGUGACUGACUUCUCUGGCCUCUUUUCUUAGUCCUGUCUUUUGUUCUCCCCUUCCCUCCCUCCUUCACGACACUCUGUGAGUGCUGUUUGCCAUCAAGUCAAAAAAAAAGUGAACUACUUCUCUCUCGGCUGCUAUCUACACUUUCAACCAUGUUCGGAUUGCUGCUAAAGAAAACAAACAGACAGACAGAUAAAUAAAUAAAAAUGAAACUUUUUAACCCUCCUGCUUCAGAAAAAAUGGAAAAAAUAAACCACUGCAUCUCAUGUAUUUAUUACUAUUUAACAAGAAAAAGAAAAGGUAAAAAUGAACCUGUUUUCUUCUGUUUUUUGUUUGGUUGCCUUCUUCCUGCUGGUGAAAGUUGGGCAGUGACUAAAUGUAACAGUUAAAGGUGGUAUUAAAACACGGACUUAGUUUAAGUCAGCCACUGGGCGGGGCCUGAAUGGGGGAAACUGGGUAAGAAUAAAGUUGGAUAUAUAAGAAUAAAGAGUAUACUUUUGCACACAAAGGUCAAAUGCAAAUCACAGCUUUCUGCUUUUUUCAGCUUUCAGUCGACAGACCCUCAUCUGAGCAAUGUGCAUACAGUAGCAGGCCUACCACAAAGACAAACUGUUGAUGUGGCAAGCUAAGUGAUCACUGACAUGGCAUAAUAAAUCUGAGAUUUGCGUUUGA